CUCUCCUCUGCUCUGCUUUCUCGGCCACUGAGAUCCUCCUCCACCUCUCUCUGUCUAUCUGCAUGAACUCCCACAAGCCCGAUCAUCCCAAGAUCCUGGUCUGAUGAGCUCUACAACAAGAUCUAUUGCUGAGCAGAACCCGUAGCCCCACUUCUCGGCCUCAGAAUCAUAGCUUACGAUAUGCUGGAAACUAUGUACAGACUUGUGGGUUCUUGAUCUCGAAGGAAUGGGGGCUACAAACUCAAGGAUUGAAGAAGACAAGGCCCUUACACUAUGUAGAGAGAGGAAGAGGCUUGUGAGACAGGCUCUGGACGAAAGAUGCUCACUUGCAGCUGCUCAUGUUUCUUAUAUUAGGUCCCUCAGAGAGACUGGAAUUGCACUUCGAGAAUUUGUAGAGACUGAAGCUCCCAAUGAGUCUUCCCUUUUUACAACAACAUCUGCAACACCUGAGCCUCUUGCUCUGACUGAUACUCCGAAGCACAUUGUGCCACAAUCAGAUGAAAUUCCAUCCUCUGAAACUCCCCCCACACAUUCUGGGACAACAUGGGAUUUUUUUGCCCCUUCUCAUCCUAUUGACAACCAGCUUUCAUUUCAAAAUGGGAGAGGAUUGAACCGUGGCUUUGAUAAUGCUGAUGAAAUCAGACGCCUCAGGGAAGAGGAGGGCAUUCCAGAACUGGAAGAAGAUGGAGACAGAGCCUCCACAAAUGAAGAGAAUGACUUGGACUCAGAAGAUGAUUUUGACCACCCAUCCAGUGAACCCUUAGUACAAAUGUUUGAAAAUCGAAAUCUCAUUUCAGAACAUCUAUUAAAAAGCGAGUCCGCAGCCAUUCAAUCUGAGAAAGAUAUUGUUUCUGAAACUAAACAUCAAAAUGGGGAUGAUAUGAAGCUCACAAAUGAUAUCAGUGAGACCGAUGAAAUGACGCCAACAAAGGCAGCAUCUUAUAUAGUCUCAAUUUCUAUGAAUGGAAAGGGCAAAGAAACUGAUCCAGAAACUAAGAAUGAGGCAAGAGAUCUUUUGUCAUGCAUGUUAGAAAUUGCAGAUCUAUUUCUGAAAGCUUCUGAAUCUGGUAAAGAAAUUCCAAUGAUGCUGGAGGCAAACAAAGUGCAAUUUCGACCUUUAUUUGCUGAAGAAAAAGCUCAUGCAUCGAAGGUAUCUGCAUUCAUCAUGAGCUACUUUGCUUGUUGUAAAGAAGAAACACCUCAUCCUCAGGUUUCUGCUACAAAUGAGGUGAAGUACUUAACAUGGCAUAGUUCAGUGUCAUCACUCUCCUCAUCAUCCAGGAAUUUUCUUGGUACAACAAUGAAAGAUGAUACAGAGGAACCAAGCAGUAAUCUCUUCAAUAGCAUAUGCAUGAAUUCAGGUAGCCAUGCCUCGACAUUAGAUAGGCUAUACGCAUGGGAAAGAAAACUUUAUGAUGAAAUUAAGGCAUGUGGUAUUUUACGGAGGGAUUAUGGCAUGAAGUGUAGGCUGUUGAGGCAUAGAGAGUCCCAAGGAGAAAAUCGAAUAAAAAUUGAUAAAUCACGUGCUGCUGUUAAGGACCUUCAUUCGAGAAUUCAUGUCGCAAUCCAGAGUAUCGAUUCAAUAUCAAAGAAAAUAGAGGGGAUAAGGGACAAGGAGCUCCAACCACAGUUGGAGGAGUUAAUUGGAGGCUUAACUAAAAUGUGGAGAACGAUGCUCGACUAUCACAACCGUCAGUACAACAUUAUCAUGUCAGUUAGCGACAAUGGGAACACCAAAGUUUCAGUUAGGUCCGAGUCGCAGCAUCAGGCUGCUGACCUCGAGUUUGAGCUGAAUGAACUGAGUUCAAAUUUCACAGGAUGGAUGUCAGCACACAAAUCCUAUGUUCAAGCAAUCAAUGGAUGGCUUCUCAAGUGCAUAGACUCAACAGUAAAACAGAACAAGUCAUCUAGAAGAAAGGCCCAGCGGUUCUCUCUGAAAAUAGACUUGGCUCCCCCCAUCUUUGUUACUUGCCAAAAUUGGUUGGAUCUACUAGAAGUACUGUCGACUGAGGACGUGGUUUCUGCUGUAAAAGAUCUGGUAAAUGCGACGACCCAUUUCUUGCCUCACCAAGAGAAGGGUCAUGGGACUUCAAAGUCAUCUUUCUCGUUGCCGCGGAAUGAUGAAUCAGGAGAACAUGUUCUUGCAAAUGAUCCCUCUGUUGAUUGGAGUCUGAAUUAUGACCACCUGCAAUCAGCCCUCAAAAUCUUCUUGGAUAGCCUGAAGGCUUUUGCAGCGUCAUCGGUUUCAAAGUAUGAAGCUCUCCAGGUAUCGAUUAAAAAAGCUAAAGAGCUUUAUGAAGGAAAAGCAGAAAAGCAGGUUUAGGGAAUAAAAUCAGCCAUGUCUUCGGCCACAAAACAUCAUAGUGUUGGUGAUAAAACCACCUUAAUAAAUAAGUUGGUGGAAUGAAGCUUUUGAAGUAUAUAUAUAUAUAUAUAUAUAUAUUGGAGGGUGCCUUGUACAUCUUUUUUGGGAAUAAAGGGGCAGUUAAUGGUGUUCAUGUAAGUAGGAUUUAGCCGUAUGCAGAUGAUUUAUGUACAAUGUAAUGAAGGUUAGCUGGAAUUAGGAAAUGCAAGGCAAGAGGUUAUUAAUACAGUUUACCAGAUGUUCGGAUGAUGAUGAGUGAAGAACCAUCAUGAUGAGAUUAUCAAGUUAUACUGCAAAGCUUAUCUUUCAAAAGAUGUUUAUGCUUACUUACUGGAUUUGGAUUGAGAAGGGCCAGCUGGCAUGUGAUUCAUAACAUAGAUUCUGUCUCUCUUUCUCUCUCUCUCUCAAGGAAUACUGCAAUGCUUGUCUUCAAAAAGAUGUUUAUGCUACUUGUUGGGCUUGAACUGAGAAGGGCCAGCUUGCUGGCAUGUGAAUCACAACAUAUAUGCUGUGUUUUAUCAUCUCUCUCUCUCUCAAAUAAUACUGCAAUGCUUAUAUUCAAAAAGAUGUUUAUGCUACUUGUUGGACUUGAACUGAGAAGGGCUGGCCAGCUUGCUGAGAUGUG